GCCGACCUCGACUCCUCUCCUCUCUGGCUCUCUCCAAUUCCACGCCAACCUUUGUUGAAUUUUCCCAAACCUUAUUAACUUAUUAAUCUUCUUUAAUUUUUAUCGUCCCUUUGUUACUCGUCUUGCUCCUUUGCUGAUCGAUUCGCGCGCGUUCAUUUACAGUGAUUGAUUAUUUGUUCAACUUUUUUUUCUCCCCUCUUUCUUCCUCUUCUUCUUCCACCCUGUUUCCUUCUGAUGUCAAUCCGUCUCUGGUAUUUUCAUUUUUCGUUUUGAUCUUUAUCUAUCUGUAUCUCGUUUCCUUCAUCCAAUUCGCUUUCGGAGGAACUGCAGCUUGCUGAAGGCGCUUUCUUUUGCCCCUUGAAGGCAGGUUACUGAAUGAUGAUGAAUCAGGGAGCUAACGCCCAGGCUGUUGCUGCCGCGGACCCUAAUUCGCUUGAGAGCAGAUAUGCAUUUGAUGCAAAUCAAGGGCAUGCACAGUCAUAUCUUCCCUCAGCAUCUGGGUCUGAAGCUGCUUCAUGGACAGUACACAAGGUAGAGGGUUAUCCCUCACAGGAUGGAGUGCCAGCAAAUGCUAAUUAUCAACAUGGUCAGCAGCCAGAGCCACACACAAAAAAUGUUCAGGAUGGCUCAUAUGUGGCCCCCCUUUCUAGUUCAUCAACUGUUGGAACAGCUAGUGCACCACAAGACUACAAUAGUUAUACAUCAUACUCAAAUACUACAGAUCCUUACAGUGCUUAUUCAGGAUACUACAAUGGCUACCAGCAACUAACUAACAAUCAGUACUCUCAGCAGCAACCCAACCCCUCGUACUCUCAGUCUGUAGAAGCAUAUCAAAACACAGGUGCUGCUUAUCAGCCUAAUUCCUCAUUUCAGAAUACUGGGUCUUAUGCUGGGACUGCAUCUUAUUCAACCACUUACUACAAUCCUGGUAAUUAUCAGACAGCUGGAGGCUACCCGAGCAGUGGAUACAAUAAUCAGCCAACCGCUUCGAACAGUGGAAGUUAUGCAAAUUAUACAUCCUACCAGUAUCCGAAUUACACUUCAGAUACUUCAAGUGCUUAUGGUUCUGGUUCAGCGCCUACAACUUUUCAACAACAAUAUAAGCAAUGGCCAGAGUAUUACAGUCAAACAGAAGUAACAUGUGCACCGGGAACAGAACACUUGUCUGCUGCUGGUAACAGCAACCAUGGAAGUUCACUUCCUAGUGUCUCUGGUGGGUACCCUACACCUACCAACCAGCCUCAGCCUCAGCCUCUCCCUCUGCCUCCACCCCCACCCCCUCCAUCCCUUAACCCUACUUGGAGGCCAGAAACCAGCUCAUCUGUACUGCCUUCCAUGCAGCCUGGAGGAGCAGCCAGUGGUGCUCAUGAUAAUUACUGGAACCAGACAGCUCCAAGUUUUCAAACUCAUCUUGCUGCUCCUACUCAACCACUAUAUCAAAAUUCUUUGGACUCAAAAACUUCUUAUGAAAAUUUUCAGGAACUAAAGACUGCUCCUCAGGGACAGAAUUCCCAAUAUCCUGUUUAUCAGGUGUCCCAGAAUUAUCAACCAACUUCACCAACAGUUCCAUCAUUUGAUGCCCGAAGGGUAAGCAAAUUGCAGAUUCCAACAAAUCCUAGAAUUGCUUCGAAUGCAGCUCUUGGCAUAGCGAAAACAGAAAAGGAUGGGUCUGCAGCCAAUUCACUUCCAAGGCCUGCUUAUGUUAGUGUUGCUGUACAAAAGCCAAAGGACAAGAUGUCGUCAAAUAAUGCUGCUGAUCCCAUGCUGAAGCCUACCAUGUACCCCAAGUCACUAUGUGGUUAUGUUGAAAGGGCUUUUGGGAGAUAUAAAGAUGAUGAUAAGAAAAGAGAAGCUUGUGAAGCAUUUAUGAAGGAGAUCAUCACCGAAGCCAUUGCUGAGGGUACACUUUAUACUAGAGAUUGGGAUAGUAUGCCUCUUUUCACAUUACCAGACUCUCAUUCCGUCAACAAUGAAAAUAUACGAAGUCCAACUCCUGCUGCAAUACCAAAUUAUAAGAAGAGUCCAAUCAGGCGGUCUAAGAGCAGAUGGGAGCCUUUGCCUGAGGUGAAAAUGCUGGACAAACCGGUUUCUGCUAGUAACGAGACCGGAAAAUUUGGUAGUUGGGACAAAAGGACUUUCAAUGGUUACUCCGCUACCAAGGAUAAUUCUUUGAGUAGUUUCAGAUUUUCUGCAUCACAGCAGAAAACACCUAGCAAAAGUGCCCAGAGGCCCAUGAAGAGGCAACGUAUUGUAAAUGGUGCUGGUUUAACUAAUAAUGAUGAUGAUGCAUCAAGUGACGGUGACAAGGAUCAAAGUUUGACAGCAUAUUAUUCUGGUGCAAUGGCAUUGGCUGAUAACCCAGAGGAAAAAAAGAGACGAGAAAGUCGCUCUAAGCGUUUUGAAAGAGGACAAGGGCAUCGCCCGGAUAUCAAUUACUUUAAACCAAAAAAUGCUGGUCCUGCAAACUUGUAUACCAAAAGAGCUAGUGCCUUGAUGCUUAGUAAGAGUUUUGAUGAUAGUGCAAACCAAGCUGUCGAAGACAUUGAUUGGGACGCGCUCACUGUUAAAGGAACAUGCCAGGAAAUUGAAAAACGGUUUUUGCGUCUCACUUCUGCACCUGACCCCUCCACUGUGAGACCAGAAGAUGUACUAGAGAAAGCUUUGUUAAUGGUUCAAAACUCUCAAAAGAACUACCUUUAUAAGUGCGAUCAGUUGAAAUCUAUCCGUCAGGAUCUUACUGUACAGAGGAUAAGGAAUCAGUUAACUGUUAAGGUAUAUGAAACGCAUGCAAGACUAGCAAUGGAAGUUGGGGACUUGGCCGAGUUUAAUCAGUGUCAGUCUCAGUUACAGAUUCUCUACUCUGAAGGAAUCGAAGGCUGCCUCAUGGAGUUUGCAGCUUACAACUUGCUUUGCGUUAUCUUGCACUCUAAUAACAAACGAGAUCUUUUGACGUCAAUGUCAAGAUUAACCCAAGAAGCGAAGGAGGAUGGUGCGGUGAAACAUGCACUUGCAGUUCGUGCUGCUGUUACUUCUGGAAACUACGUUGCAUUCUUCAAAUUGUACAAGUCGGCUCCCAACUUAAACACCUGCUUGAUGGAUCUUUAUGUUAAAAAGAUGCGGUACCAAGCUGCAGUCUGCAUGUCGAAGUCAUAUCGCCCCACGGUACCCAUUUCGUACAUUUCCCAGAUCUUGGGCUUCUCCAAUGCUACUGCUGAAGGAAAUGGGGAGAAGGUGUUGACUGGCUUGGACGAGUGCUUAGAAUGGUUGAAGGCGCACGGUGCUAGCCUGAUCACAGACAACACUGGGGAGAUGCAACUCGACGCGAAGGCAUCUUCGUCCACCCUGUUCAUGCCGGAGCCUGAAGAUGCUGUCGCUCAUGGAGACUCUAGCCUGGCUGUCAACGAUUUCCUGGCACGUACCUCGUAACAAUGCAGAAGGCUGUUUGUUUGUAGCUUCCCUCCUGCUAGCUCAAGAAACCAGUGGGAAAGAGACCAGGGCAAAUCUUGCCUGGCCCUCGAAACUCGAAAGUGCUCAGGAAAGGGUGAACAUUUUUUCGCCACUGACCUGAUAAUCUCGAAGAGGGUUAUGUCGAAUGGUGUACCAAAGGGCUCUUUGCGUCGCUAGAUGUGUCGAGUUUGUUCAUUGUUAGUGAAGCUGUAAGAAGGUAUUAGGUGACAGACUAACAUUUUCGAGCAAAUACGAAAAAGCUCAAUCUGUUGUAUUUUAGGUUGAUCCUUUGAAACCCUUCCCUGGAGGCAUUCGAUUCAAUAUCCACAUUCCAGUCGCGACUUUACACACUUGGAUUAAGUUAAUUGUACAGCCAAACCUGAUGAACUGAUUCAGCUACAUUGUUUCCCUGACAAAAGAAGAUCAGAAACUCAGAAAAUCCGAUCACCGCCCGAUUCAAGGUCCACAUUGCUCUGUUUGGCUCGCUAUUCUUUUGCCGGAGACGAUGAAGACGACUCUGGCCAGACGCUGAUCUUCUCCUUCUCGUACUUCAUGUACACCGCCGACACCGCAGCCACGAAGUAGAUCUGGAUCAGGACGAUCGACGGGGUGUGGUAGUUGAGCACGCUCUUCCCCGUCGCCAGCUCCACCAGCAGCAGAGCCGCCAGCCCGAGAAACGCGAUCCGGCCGUUCAGCCUCUCGCUGUACGGCGUGAAUCCGAAUUCCACUUUCAAGCCUCCGGAGACCGGCUGCUUCAGCGGGACCGGAGGGAGGUAGAGGCUGGCUCCGGAGGAGGAGGAGGAGCUCGAGGCUGCCUGCUUUCUGGCCUUGCGCAUCUCCGCUUUCUUCCCCGUUCCGGCUCUGUAACGGAGGCGGAAGUUGGAGAUGCGGGAAUCGAAGGGGUCCGAUGAGGAAUCGGAGCUCGGAGGAGCGGAUUCGGGUUCCGUUGAGGAUUCGGAGUUCUCGUCGGCGGUGGCGCGGAAGGGGGAGGCGUGUCGCCGGUGUUUGGAGGGGAAGGAUACGCGCGGAGAUGAUGGGAAGAGAGUUGAUGCUGCUGCGGUGGUGGAGAGUUGCAGAGACGGCGGAGCUGGUAGAGCUGCCAUUGGAUAAGGUUCUUACUUCCUUUCGUCUUUUGCUCUCUCUCUGCCUUCCGUCUAUUUUGUUCUUUUUGAUCGAUUCCAGGAGCUCUUUUCUGUGGAGGAGAUUUUCCAUUUUGGGACGCAAGCGGAGGGAAUUGUUCGUUCAUAUUUUGGGCCUGAAUGUUUAGAAUACCCGGCCCAACAGAAUAUGUUGGACAGUUACGAAUCCAGUUGGGGGAAAAAGCCUG